CAACUGUAGCGAGACGGAGGAUGAGCGUGGCCCCACCCCAAUCGGGACGUCAGCGGCGGCAGGCAGUUGCGCAGGAGCCUGAUGAGGACAGAAACCCGCUGAGGGCACUCAAGACACAAAUGACCAUGGGGGUAGGGAGACAUCAUCAAAUCCAUUCAAUGACAGACAUGAUUAUGGUUGUGCGUGCAGGAGAAGCUGAAGGUGUGGCAGUUCUACCGCACCCUCGAUUCGUGUCUGAUGGAGCCGGUGCUGGAAAUUGGGCUCUCAAGUAAACAUAUAGCCUGCCGGCUUGAGCAACAACUUGAUUCCCCUGCGGAUCUGUCAGUCUCCCCUUCGCGACGAAAAUCGCGGCGCCGCAAGCCAAGGCCGCAGUCAGCCGUAAUCUACAUGCUUAUGCUAAAACCUGCCUGCAUCGGCUCGCAGCAAAGACUGUUUCGAUUCUUGCAGCCUCCUCUUCGGUCAGGGGCUCCAGCCUCGUUCCGCGAUCGUGAUCAUCACGCGCUUCCCCCGACACACAUCCGGUGCGAGGCGGCGAGGCAGCGCAGAGAGGCCAUCGAUGAGGAGCGGACGGGGCAGCUUCGGUCGGACAUGGAGACUCGCGACUUGCGGUCCAAGACGGUGCUGUAUCGAGGCAGCGCACUGUAUGCGGCAGAGCAGCGCGUGCAGCUGCUCAUGAGGCGGAAGUGGAUGACCGUUCUUACUGUUGCCGCCUUUUCUGCCAAGGCACAUGUAAGGGGGAGACUUGGCCUGUGCGUGUGUGCAUCGGGAUGGAUGGAUGGAUGGUGUCUUGGCCGGGUGUGCGUGCAGGAGAAGGUCGAGUGGUUGCGUCUCGUGAGGAAUGUCACCCUGCUGCAGUCCAAGUACCUGAUGCUGAUGGCGAGGAGGCGGUUCCUCCGCCGACGGGCGGCCAGGCGCAACCUCCGCUUCCUCAUCGCCGUGACCCGUGUGGUCAGGCAGCUCAUCCGCUGGAGAAGGCGGAGAGCCUUCAUCCAGAGGAUCGUCAUGUUCCUCAAGAACUCAAAGGUGGAGAGGGGUUGGCGCGCCUUGCAGUACUGCGCAAUGCACAUCAAAGCCAUCCGCACACUCCAGCACAACCUCCCCAUCGCCGUCUUGAGCUACAAGAGGGUCAGCGCCCGACUCGUCGAGCGCUUCACCCGCAUCGAGCAAUCCUUCAUCCUGUCGCUCCUCGGCCGCAGCCAACAAAAACAACAGCCAGACACCAGCCCGCACCGAGGCAGCAAAUCACCCAAGAAACGAGACACGACAGGCCCCUCCCAACUUGGCUUUGACGCCGCACUCUCCCCCAGCAAGAGGCCAUCAGGCGGGUCGCCGCGCAGUAAGGGCAGCCCGACGAGACGGAGGGAAAGCGAUGAAGACUCAGCCUCCAGCUCACCGAGGAAGGGCGGCAAGCGGCGGUCGACGAAGAAGACCAUGGGGGCGGCGCCGGAGGGGGAGACUGAUGAGGUUCUGGCGGCUGGUGAUGAUGACGUCUACAUGAGAGAGCGAAUCGACCCGUAACUCACUCAGCCAGUACAAGGCAGGAGGACGGAUCGAUACUCGAUGGCUGAGUGUGUGUGCGUGUGCGUGUGGGUGCGUGUGGGUGUCGGUGUGGGUGCAGAGAGCUUCGAGAUGAGCUGCUGCGGGAGAAGGCUAAGGAGAACCUUAAGACAUUUGAGUAAGCGACAUUUCGAAUGGGUGUGCAAGGAAAAAAGUGACUUGAGUCGUCUCCGGUGUGUGAGUGCAGCUACGACAUGCGCACAUGGAGGGCGAAAGUGACCCUUUGGCGAACAAACGUGCUGGUAGCCAAAGACAGAGAGACAGUGACAUGGUAGAUGGGUGCAUGCGUGUGUGUGUGUGUGUGUGUCGUAUCGCAUCGACCAGUCGAUGGCUGCCCUCGCGAGCAAGAUACCUCAAGACGCUGCCGACAUACUCUCCCCAUCUGUCAGGGCGCCGCCGCCCCUCAAGAUGCCCAAGCCCCCACGAAACAUCAGAGACUUCUCCGACGAAGACCUCAAG